UGGGCGCCUUUAAGAGCAAGCGCUGGGUACCCGGGGGCGGGAGCCAUCGGCAGCCGGCUAGGCGGAGGCGCUGCCGGGCGAUGCCCCGACUCUCCGCCGCCGCCUCGGCCUCCUCCUGCGCCAGGGGCUCAGAGCUGCGGAGCUGUGCUGCGAUGUCCUCAAAGUUCCUGGAGGGAGCGGCCGGCAUCUCCCUGCGCUCCCGCCGCGGCGCCUUUUGUGCGAGGCAAAAGGAUUCUUGUGGAAGAUGGAACUUUGUUUGUUUUCCAGUAUGUAUAUCCAAGCCCAUCAGUGGAACCUGAUCCUACAGUGCUGUGUUGAAAUGCCUGAAGAGGACCCACGUUUUUACCUGAGCCUCCUAUCCUCCUAAAACCAUGGUUGUCUCAGCAGUUUUGACUGCAUCCCAUACCGGGACAUCCAACACAACAUUUGUAGUUUAUGAAAACUCUCACGUGAAUAUGACAGUGCCCCCACCAUUUCAGCAUCCAAGCCCUAGUCCGCUGCUUAGAUAUAGUCUAGAAACCAUGACUAGCACUGGAUUUAGUUCCUUAGCAGUGAACAGCACAGCUACAACCCCAACACCAGCAGUUUUUAAGAGCCUAAAUUUAGCUCUCCAGAUCAUCCUUUCGGCUAUAAUGAUAUUUAUUCUGUUUGUGUCUUUUCUUGGAAACUUGGUUGUUUGCCUCAUGGUUUACCAAAAAGCCGCCAUGCGUUCUGCGAUCAACAUCCUUCUCGCCAGCCUGGCUUUUGCAGACAUGCUGCUUGCCGUGCUGAACAUGCCCUUUGCCCUGGUGACUAUUCUUACCACCAGAUGGAUAUUUGGGAAAUUCUUCUGCAGGUUGUCUGCUAUGUUCUUCUGGUUGUUUGUGAUAGAGGGAGUUGCUAUCCUGCUCAUUAUUAGCAUUGAUAGGUUCCUGAUUAUAGUUCAGAGACAAGAUAAGCUAAAUCCAUACAGGGCUAAGGUCCUUAUUGCAGUUUCCUGGGCAACUGCUUUUUCUGUAGCUUUUCCUUUGGCUGUGGGAAAUCCAGAUUUGCAAAUCCCUUCCCGAGCCCCACAAUGUGUGUUUGGAUACACAACUAAUUCUGGAUACCAGGCUUAUGUGAUUCUGAUUUCACUCAUUUCUUUCUUUAUACCUUUCCUGGUGAUACUGUAUUCAUUCAUGGGCAUCCUCAAUACCCUUCGACACAAUGCCUUGAGGAUUCAUAGCUACCCAGAAGGAAUAUGCCUCAGUCAGGCCAGUAAACUGGGUCUCAUGAGUCUACAGAGACCCUUCCAAAUGAGCAUUGACAUGGGCUUUAAAACACGUGCCUUUACCACCAUCUUGAUCCUCUUUGCUGUCUUCAUCGUCUGCUGGGCCCCAUUCACCACAUACAGCCUUGUGGCAACCUUCAGCAAGCACUUUUACUAUCAGCACAACUUCUUUGAAAUUAGCACCUGGCUACUCUGGCUCUGCUACCUCAAGUCUGCAUUGAACCCACUGAUAUACUACUGGAGGAUUAAGAAGUUUCAUGAUGCCUGCUUGGACAUGAUGCCCAAGUCCUUCAAGUUCUUGCCACGUCUCCCUGGUCACACAAGGCGACGGAUACGCCCUAGUGCUGUCUAUGUGUGUGGGGAGCAUCGGACGGUGUUGUGAAUACCGAAACUCUUAAGAUAUUUUGGGACAUUAUGGUUCUUUAUUGAUGACUUUUUUUUUUUUUAAUAUGGCUCUAAACUUUUAUUAGUUUCUAUUGUGUGUGUGUGUGUGUGUGUGUGUGUGUGUGUUGUAAAGAAAGAGUGGUAAGUACUUUGAUCCUGAAACUAAGGACACACUGUAAGAAAGUGGUCACAUAUGUUACCUCUAGAUUAAGAAAACUUUGUGGGAGGUGUUUGUUGAGUGGUUUUAUUUUUUAACACAAAUCAUGAU